GGAUCAACGGAGGUGGAUCUCACGGGCGGUCGACAUUUGCUCACUGGAAAAUGCGGUGUAGUUCCAUUUGUACAACGGAAAACGGUCGUAACAUCCACUGGUCUGCAGUGGAAUUUGGGUAAUUACAUUGAUUCAAAUGCAAAAACUUUUCUAGUGGAAAUCCUUUAA